AUGAGUCGGGAUAUGAUCUUGACUGGAGCUGUCAGUAUGCACAGUGCGUUUGAAAAAGCUCGGAUAGUCUUGCGGCUUUUCCUUUACGCUAUUUAUUUAACACUACAGUGGGUUUGUCAGAAGAUAACUGAGGGUAUUCGAAUAUUUAAUGACACUGCAGAAAUCCCUGAUGGUCAAGUGAGGAUGCUUUCGAUUGUUUGGAGAUACAAAAUCGAUCCAGAAGAAAUCGCUAAGAGACAGGACUUCGUUCUUGCCUCUGGACAUUUCGAAAGCGCUGAUCUGCUAAACAAUUCACACUGGAGCAUCUACGCUAUCGAAAGGGACUAUGUGUUGUUUGUGCUGCUCCCCGAACCGGUUUUUAGCUACAACAUCAGUGAAUUCCCUUUUAUUUUUGUACCACUGUUUGAAAGGGCUCUUGUUGCGGCAGAGAUGAAGCGAAGCGAAUUCUUGAAGUUUGCUGAGAAACUUGCCGCUCAACCUCAGCCGAAAACCGUAUUAUACACCAACACAGCUCGAUGCGGUAGCACGUUACUAGGAAGAAUGUUGCACAGACCGGGUUUUUCUGUUUGUUAUGCCGAGCAUCCAGCGUUGACAACACUUACCAUUGCACUCGGAGAAGGAUUUAUGAGCGAAACAGAAGUACGUGAACUACUGCACGCCGCCAUCACAUGUCUAAGAGCUCAUCUUCCGACUGGUGUUCUUUGCGUCCUGAAAACUCAGUCUUUCGAAGCAAGGCUCGUACCCUUAUGCGAAGGGAUACCGAACCUCAAGCACAUCUUCAUGUUUCGGAAGAAAGCACUUCUGUCUGUGGAGAAAGUACUGCGACGAGAGGAAUUUCUAUACCAUCUGCUGUUAGAACUUUACAACUAUUCCCCAUUUUUGUCACAAUGUUUUGGAAGUCUCACCUCUGGCGAGGGAAAAUGGAUUCGACUACUUCAUCCUCACAAUCCCAGAGCUUUAGCAGCUAUAAUAUUAGCCUCACCGAUGUCAGAAUACUUGAAGAACAAGGAUAUGUAUUGUCAUCCUAUUGUGUGGUUUCAUGAAGUCAUAGGGGAUACAGAAAAAGUUUUGACUUCUCUGUUUAACGAGAUCGGAAUCCCUCUUUCUUGCAUUCCCGAUGCUGUAGAAUGCAAGAAGAUUGACUCACAAGGCGGUUCAUUCCUUUCUUCACAAAAUCUAACGCAUAUCAAGUUCGCUCCAAUAUCCAAUAGUGAUUGGACAAUGCUUGAAGACUAUGCAAAGAAAAUGAACGUGCCUGAAGAAGUGUUUGAAGUCGAUUGA